AUGGUCAACAUUUUGGAAGGUUUGGCACUGUACACUGGUGUCUUCUCGAAAAAUGAUGAGAAAAGGAUUUUAGAUUUUGUAUUCAACCUGAGAGACAGAGGUCGAGCUGGUUUGCUGAGGCCGAGAACUUAUUCAGAGCCGCGGAAAUGGAUGUGCAGGAAGGGUAGAAUAACCAUUCAAUGUGAUUGUUGCUACAACUUUACUGAAGAUAAGCAAGGGAACCCCACUGAAAUAUUAAGAUAUGAUGAGAUGGAUCCAAAGCCUUAUGCAAUAAAAAGAAUGGUCAAGUGGCUAAUUCGAUGGAGUAUACUACCACCCGUUUGCAUCCCUAACAGCUGCAUAAUAAAUAUCUACGAGAAGGGGAGUUGCAUCCCUCCCCAUAUUGACCACCAUGGCUUUGUUAGACCUUUUUAUACAGUGUCUUUCAUAAGUAGGAGCAAUAUACUCUUCAGAAAUGAGAUCAACAUCAUUGGCCCUGGAGAAUUCAGAGGGUCCAUUGAGAUUCCAUUGCCGAUGGGCUCAAUGCUGGUUUUGAAAGGAAAUGGAGCGGAUUUGGCCAAAUACUGCAUCCUUGGAGUGCGAUAUCCCAGAGUUUUUGUAAUUUUUAGAAGAAUACAAGAUGACAAGAUACCGUGGGGGUUCCUUCCGGACCUGGAAUUGAAAGAAAUGCAGCCUUAUGAGCUAUGA